AGAAAUUGCUAAUCAAGUUACUAUGAGUCUGUUAAACUGUGAAAACAUCUGUGGAUCCAGCCAGUCUGAAGGUGACUGCUGUGCUGCCAUGGCCACCACCUGUGGCACCACAGCAAAAGAUGACAGUGUGAGCGGAAUGACCAGCACCAGCACAGGGAACCUGUCCAGCUCCUUCAUGGAAGAGAUCCAGGGAUAUGAUGUCGAGUUUGACCCGCCCCUGGAAAGCAAGUACGAGUGCCCCAUCUGCUUGAUGGCCCUGCGGGAAGCCGUGCAGACACCCUGUGGCCAUCGGUUCUGCAAGGCCUGCAUCAUCAAAUCGAUAAGGGAUGCAGGUCACAAAUGUCCGGUUGACAACGAAAUUCUGCUGGAAAAUCAACUAUUUCCUGACAAUUUUGCAAAACGAGAGAUUCUGUCUCUGAUGGUAAAGUGUCCAAAUGAAGGCUGUUUGCACAAGAUGGAAUUGAGGCAUCUUGAGGACCAUCAAGCACUCUGUGAGUUUGCUCUUGUGAACUGUUCCCAAUGCCAACACCCCUUUCAGAAAUGCCAGUUGAAUGUUCACAUCCUCAAGGAUUGUCCAAGGAGACAGGUUUCUUGUGUAAACUGUGCUGUAUCCAUGCCUUUUGAAGAAAAAGAGAUCCAUGACCAGAACUGUCCUUUGGCAAAUGUCAUCUGUGAAUACUGCCACACCAUGCUCAUCAGAGAACAGAUGCCUACUCACUAUGAUCUAGACUGCCCUACAGCCCCAAUCCCCUGCACCUUCAGUACUUUUGGUUGCCAUGAAAAGAUGCAGAGGAAUCACUUGGCACGCCACCUGCAAGAGAAUACCCAGUCACACAUGAGAAUGUUGGCUCAGGCUGUUCAUAGUUUAAACCUUGCUUUAACUCCCGUGCCUCCACGUGAUCUGCUUCCAUAUGAUGCUGCCUCUCUGCCCCGGGUUUCCUCUGGGUGCCACCCAGAGGUCCAGAAUUUCCAAGAAACCAUUCAGCAGUUAGAGGGUCGCCUUGUAAGACAGGACCAUCAAAUCCGGGAGCUGACUGCUAAAAUGGAAACUCAGUAUAUGUACGUAAAUGAGCUUAAACGAACUAUUCGAACCCUGGAGGACAAAGUCGCUGAAAUUGAAGCACAACAGUGCAAUGGGAUUUACAUUUGGAAGAUUGGCAACUUUGGCAUGCACUUAAAGUCUCAAGAAGAGGAGAAACCUGUUGUCAUCCAUAGCCCUGGAUUCUACACAGGCAAACCUGGGUACAAACUGUGCAUGCGCCUGCACCUUCAGUUACCAACUGCUCAGCGCUGUGCAAACUAUAUAUCCCUCUUUGUCCACACAAUGCAAGGAGAGUAUGACAGCCAUCUCCCUUGGCCCUUCCAGGGUACCAUACGCCUUACAAUUCUUGAUCAGUCUGAAGCCUCAAUAAGGCAGAACCACGAAGAGGUAAUGGAUGCCAAACCAGAGCUGCUCGCCUUCCAGCGGCCCACAAUCCCACGGAAUCCAAAAGGUUUUGGCUAUGUAACUUUCAUGCACUUGGAAGCCCUAAGACAAAGAACUUUCAUUAAGGAUGAUACGUUGUUAGUGCGCUGUGAGGUUUCUACCCGCUUCGACAUGGGCGGACAUCGAAAGGAGGGUUUUCAGCCUCGGAGUACUGAUGCAGGGGUGUAGCAUCCUUUCAUUUGUUUAAAAAGAAGAACUGGGAAAAGUGCCUUUCCUUGCCUUAUGUUUGAUAAUAAUGUACAAACAAAACCAGUGGAGAAGGAGUAAUACCAAUGAAUGUUCUUGAAGAGGCCACUUGCUGCAUCCGCCUGUUACAAAUAUCUUACUCAGUUUUUCCUUGGGAAUCUAUCUCCGUAUUUCAUGUUUUUCCAGAAAUGUUAUAUUUGAAAUGCCUUUGGCAGCAGCAGCUACUUCAUCAGUUAGUGUACCUCUUUGUUGUAGUUUCAUGGUCAUCUGCCCCGUUGUUGUCAAAAACAACAACAACAAAAAAACAAGUAUAAAAAAACAGUGCUAAAGCUCAAACCUUUGACAGUAAUGAGCUUUGCUUAAAAACUUUGGCUUAUUUUUAUGUUAUUGUAUGAAAUAUAUGAAAUGUGACAUCACUACCGCCUGUACUAGUGCCAGUGAAAGAGUGACUGCUCUGAAAAGUUAAGUUCUCAUUUUAUUUGACCUCUUACAGAUUUCAGAGGAUUUUAACCACAAUCCUUAGAAACCUUAAGUUCUCAUUUACAUUGUUUCUUCCCUCCUGAUGUUUACUGAGAAUACUCAGGGACUGCUUUAAAUCCUGAGUAUGGCCUUAUUUAGUGUAAACAUGUCUGUUAAAUAACCUGUUUAAGUGUUUCAUUCUGCCUUGCUUACAGAUUUCCUUGAGGCCACAAAGUGGCGUCUUCCCCAGAGUUUAUAAUGCUGAGUCCCAUGUAGACCCCAGUGCCUCAAUGUUACAUCAUGGAUCCAUCCCUUUUUGUCUGUUCAGCACAGAGUGAAUUCCACAGCCCUGGAUGUCUUCUGUUUGUUUUAUGCUCACAAAAUCACAGGCAUAAAAAUGAAAACUGACUCAGCUUGUUAACUAUCCUGACAUCUCACUGGCAAUAACAGAAGUUAAAGCUAUAUGAGCUACAAAUAUUCAGCCCUUUUGACUACCUUCUGGCUUAUUUUAUUGUUACAAAAUUGAUUUCCUAAAAACAGGGUUUUUUUGGGGGGGUUGUUUGUUUCUUUGUUUAGUUAUGCAGUCUUUGAAGGUACCAGAGAAAUCAUUAAACCAAGGUUGAAAGCUGUAGAGAGGAUGAUACAGCAUGACCUGGCUUGAGUGGGUGGCUUUAGUCCAGUUAUUGUAGGUUCCGAGGAGGGUUCUGUAGAAUGUGCUGAGGUGAGGAAUCGAUAGGAUCCCCCACUGCUGCUUUCCACAAAAGUAUUCAAAGUCUGAAUGAAGGUAAUGAGAGAUGGUACUGUAUGUCCAAGAGGCAGUGCUUGAGAUCUUCUUUAAUUUCAAGAGGAAGUUCAGGGUCGUUGUGGAGAGGAGUCUGGUUCUCCAUUUUGAGUAACUAGCAAGCGUCACUGUGACCUUUCCCUGUAUUUUCCUCUCUACCCCCUUAAUACCCUGUCCCAUGUUAAAGCUCUUGCUCUGUUAUAGAGUGACAACGACAGUCAGGAAAAGACCCUGUUCCCUGCACCACAUGCACACUACUGGUUCAUCACUAGUUACCAGUUUAUUUCCUGACAGUUUGUGUCCCUUCGCUGUUUUCCCCAAACAGCUCCUGAGAAUCAUCACAGUACCACCACCAAGUAGGGAAACCUGUGCUGCUGUUAUUCCUGUCAUUAUUUUUCAGUGAAUAAAUAAUCAAAUUCCAUUUAAAAAGUAAGCAACAGUUAUUUUUGUAUUUGGAUAGAAAUAGCCUGAAAGAAAUAUCCUAAAUUAUUUUUGAUGGCUUAUUUUUUUGUGCAUUCUUGCACUUUUUACAUUUUCUACAAUAAACGUGUACUCUUAUUAGAGAAGAAAAUUCAUUGUUGCCACAGAAUGUCAACUCCUCAUUUUAAAAAGGAAGUGAUAUUUAAAAGCUUCCUGGCUAAAUUUCUAUUAAAAGCAUGUCUCUGCAUUAGGUACUAAGAGGAGUUAUUUCCUGCCUUGGUUGUGUUUUUUUAUUUUUUAUUUUAUUUUAUUUUAUUUAUUUAUUUUUUUGCAUAGAAACCUUAAAAACUUCUUUUUGCCUGCCUUUUAACUUUUGUUAGCUUCAGGUUUCACAUUUGUAAAAUAAGUUGGACUGACUGUUUCAAUGGCCCCUUCCAGCCAUAAGCUGUCUUAAGAAAUUGAGUUUUAGCCCACAGAAUGUUCAUAAUACCUAUCAAAGGAUUUUACUGGUAGAAAAUUGCUUUAACUUUCUCUUUGCUGGCACUAAUGCUUUAUUUCAAGUUAGUGUCCAUCCACUAGGUCACCUCUAAGUGAGCAAUUUUUGUAAUUCCCAACAUCUGGCAUUUUGUAAUAAACCAGUUAUUUUAUACUGGUCAUUUAUGGUGGAGACAGAGUAGAGCCAACAGCCAGGUGGUCAUUCAAAUGGAAAGUUUUUGACAAGAGUCAACGUGGAAUUGAGUCCAAACCUAGAAAUUGAUUUCUUCUUUAUGUUUAAAUUUCCUACCCCAUUCGUAAGCAUGCCAGUUUCACCAAAUAAGUCUACAAGCAUUUAAGCUGUAAGCUUAUAAUUUGUUAACCAUCAUUUCACACAGUCAUCUUUCAUCAUCUUUACCUUUUAAAAAAUUGUUUACUGUUUUGCAGAGUUGUCGAAUCCUAUGUUGCAAGUCAGACAUUUUGCUCUUAGAAAACAUCUGGAUGCUGACUUGUAGUUUGAUAGUUUAUUACUGCCCUUUGGCUGUUGCUGCAGUAGCAGUUUCUGGCUAUACUAAAAUGUGAUUCAACUUUUAUUUUGGGGAUGAUUAGUAGAAAAAAUGAAUUAAGAUAAAAGGUGGGUUUUUUUUGCUUUUUUUUUUUUUUUAAUCCUGAUGAUGGACUCAUAGUGAUGUUGGAUGACCUCUAGCAGAUAGUUUUGGUGACUGGUAUAAAUUAUGUUCUUGGGCACUAGUUCUGUACCAGUAAGUCUCAGGCAAACUAAGAACUUGCAUAUGAAUUAAUGCAUGCAAUUAGAAUGCAUUCUCUUUACAGGGGAGCAGUUGCUUGUCAUUCGUUCCUUUAUCCAUGGAUUCCUCAAAUCUCUGGUGACCAAGCAACAUUUUUACUAUCAGAUUUUUCUAACUUAAGACUUUGAAGCAUAUUUAUUUUAUUCAGUUACAAACACAGCUCUGCUCUUGGCUUGCUUCAAUUAAAUUCUAUUCACUGUUUUAUAUAAAAUACCAUUAGGUAUUGUGUGUGUGUGUGUGUGUGUGUGUGUGUGUGUGUGAUGCCUAGUUCCUUAAAAGCCUUGGGGGAAAAGGAAUGGCAGUUUGUGUUUUCUUUUGAAAUACUUUUUUUUUUUUUACUUCCCAGAUUCACAUGCUAGCUUAUGCCUAGCUUCACGGGUGCCAUCACUGUGUUUUUUAAAUGAGCUAGCCCUUCCAGACUCCCAGCAUCCAGGAAGAUGGUCUCAUGAAACCAGACUGAAAGGAUCUCAGCAGCUCAUAACCCAGUUAGUUACAGCUUUCACAUUGAGUCAAAUUCAGAACUUUGCAAGUUGUCUAGUUUUUCACAAAACGUCUCCUGUGUUCCCCAUCCCUAGGCAGAGGUCACGAUACAAUAAAGCUGAGAAAUAAUUGUAGAUGGGAAAAGGGUUUUGUGGAAUAGGAGAUGUGGUGCUCCUUUUCCUGUCAAAGUGCUUUGUCUGCAGGAUGCCAGCCCUGCCUGUAAAACAAGAGGAAAGGAAGGGCUGAUGCUCCGCUGCUCUAGAGGUUGGCAUCUCUGGAUGGAGCGCACUCCUCCCAGAAAGCCACCAAAGCAAUAGUAACCAAUUUUCUUCCAUGCUGGCCCCCAGGAAAAAGUAAAAUGUUUGUGGGGCAGGGACAGUGUUCUGGUCACUUAUGUCCUGUCCUUGGGUUGGUAUUUGUCGUGGAGUGCACACUCAAACAUGUAAAAACAUUAAGUGAAAUUAUUGUAAUAACAAUAAAUGAAAGCAAGGGUUGGAACUGACCAGUUUCUGAUAGUAUGUCUUGUACUUGGUUUGCUAAGGCACAGAGGUUACUCUAACAACUUCUCUCAGCACUUUAUCAUGAAUUUUUCAAACAUACAGCAAAGUUUAAAACUUAGUGGACAUCUACCACCUAGAAUCUACAGUAACGUUUUUCUGUAUUUGCUCUCUAAUUUAAUAGAUACUAUUGUAUCUAGGCUGCAAGCUUUGGUUUUCCUUCUCAGUCCUAAAAUAAUUGAGCAGCUGGAAUUCAGUUUUCUUAAAUUCUUUGAGGUAACUUGUUAUAUUUGUAACUACAAUUAUAGUCCUCACUUUAAUUUUAAACUUUUGUGUAAAUGUUAGGGUGAAUUUUUAUCUUAUUUAUUUUGCCUGAAGGUUUAUUUUUAUAAUCCAUCUAUUUUGAAAGCCCUUGAUCAGUUGUGCCGAAUAUUGUAAUGGUAUUUUCACACUUGAUAACUUAUCCAAUUAAUUUCUUUAGUGAGAAUGUACUUUUGGGCCCAUUUUAUUUAUAUAAAGUUCCAAGAUUAUGUUUCCUAGGGCCUGAAGCGACUAUGUAAUUUAGCAUGUAAACCGCCAAAUUAGGAACUUAGAGAUCCUGACUGACCGUGGGCAAAUCAGUUUUCUUUGUCUUUGUGAUGUUUUAUCUACCUGUAAUGGGUGAACUAGAAUUUGAAAUUCAGAUAUUAUUAUUUAAUGGGUAACAUUUAUUAAUGCUUGGAUCUCUGUGAGAAGACAGUUUCUGAAUCAGAGAAACUUCUGUAACUGUAUGGCAGGCUAUAUGGAAUGAUAUCUGACUUUUGAAAAAAUUGAAACAUCCAGUGGUCAGAAUAUCUUAUCAGAAAACCUUCUGUUGCUCAGCAAUUAUAUUGCCUUGGAAUUUGUAAGUAGUCUUUGUAAUUCAUGUGGAUUCUGAAAUGGGUGCUUUACAAAAGAAAGUGAAUGUAAAGAAGAGCAUCAAGUGUUGGUGAUCAGAGACGGAAAAUUAGUGUUCAAUUUGAAAGAAGGUUGUACUGAAGAAACAUUGUAAGAAUUAGCCACAUUUGGUGUAGCACACCCUCCUUAAGCUGUGCUCCUGCCGGUGGCUUUGCCUCAUGCCAUCUCCCUCGGGGUCAGUGCAGUUGGACUGCAGGGCUGGCAGAGAGGGAAAGACUGGCCAAAGCAGAUCUGUAGAUCACCCUCAGAUAGGUGAGUGUGACCUGUGCCUUCUGAACCAAGCUAUGAAUGUGAAUUCAUGUUUAUCUCACAGAAGCAGCUGGAGUUUUUACUUUAAUCAUGUCCUAGUUGUUGCAAGGAUGUAACCAAAGCAGUCUUCCUUGAAUGACACCUUAUCAAAUAAAUUUAGAAGAAAACAAAUGCCAGACUGAUGUACCUUCUCCCUCUCAUCUGUUGUUAUUCCUCCAUCAGCCUGUAUAUUGCAAGGAUAUCUUUACAAAAAGAGUACUCUUGAUUAAAGUGAAAUAUCUAUUGAAAUAUGAACAGUAUCCAAGUGGUGUUUAAUAAAGUAUCCAGACUGCUUUGAUUUUGUUUUAGUGUUAUUCUCUUGGGGGACUGUGACACACUCUCCGAGGAAGAACAGUGCCAAGUGUUAGUUUUUACUUGAAAUAAAAAGAGCUAGUACUUUGCUCCAUCAGGAAAUGGUAAAUGAAGAUUGAUUCUAGUUCUUGAUUUAGGGUAUGAUUUCUGUUCUGGGGCCUUUAGGAUUACAUUUUUUGAAACAUAGUUGGGCCUAAGGAGAAACUUGCUACAGCCACCUUAGGCUCAGUGAGAAAAAGAGACUGUGAAACCAGAUUAACAGCAUGAAUUUACUUCUAACAAAGGUGAAACUUCUCAGUUCCAGGGCUGCAGCUGCCUGUUUUCUCCUUAGUUAGCAAACUCCACAAAGGGGUUUUUAAGUAAAGGCUGCAGGGGUAUUAAAAAGAUUUUAGGAAACUAUGGGGUAAUCUAUGUCUGUGUAAAAUCAACUCAAAUUCCCUGAGUGGGGGCAGAAGCUGGUAAGAUAGUAAGUGCUUU